AUGGGAAUCGUUUGGUUGUCCAUUCGAUUAGAAUUCAUGGGGAAUCUCAUUAGCAUGCUUGUAGCUGCUUUCUCCGUUGCAUCUCGUGGUCAGCUUACUGUUGGCUUCACUGGACUUGUUAUCAGUUACACCUUUAACCUCACCCAAUCGAUGGGCCACUUGAUCCGCUCCCUAGCCGAUUUAGAGAAUAAUAUUGUUUCUGUUGAAAGAAUUAAGGAGUAUUCCGAAGUCGUUCAAGAGGUGAAUCUUUCUGUCUUUUUUCAGUCAUUCAUAAAUUAUUUUGCUGUUGCUCUAUUGGAUUUGCAAAUUAUUCUUUUUUUAUUAACUCCAUAUCAAUUUUUUUAA